AUGGUUGGCAAGAAGUCCGGCAGAGCCCAACUUAGGGAGGAGGGCCUCGCACGGACAGACAAUAAUCUCGAGCAGACGACAUGGCCGGUAGUCAGCAUGAUCAAUCAGAAGAAUUACUACACCGAGUUCCUCAAGCGCGACGAGCAAUACCUCGCGGUCCGAUACCCCCAGGAAGAAGAGCGCGCUCGUAUGGUCAGAGAAGCCCGCGACAAGGAUCGCGCGUUAGCAAAAGGAGUGUCCGCAGCGGAAGCUACAGAGGAAGCAGGCGACGAAGCUGGACUAUCAUAUUCGAGAGAUGAUCCAUCGAAACUGAUUGUGCUGCACGUCGGUAGCCAAAAUCUUAGAAUCGGCCUUGGCUCUGACGCGCUCCCAAAAUCUAUACCCAUGGUCAUAGCACGGAGGUGGAAAGAGAGUGAGUCGGAGGAGAACCACGGCGAACCUAGGCCAAAGAGGUUGAAGGUCGAAGGCGCUAUUCCUGCAGAUGCACUCCCUGAGAAGUGGUUUGGAGAGGACUUUGCGGACCAGUACAUGGCUAUGUCCUCAGAGCUUAGAACGAGGAUGCGAUCGAACAAGCGGCGAGUGCUGCCAAAUUCGAAGGACCUCGUCACCAAUUUCAACCGGCGCACUCCGCCCGAUAUUAUCAGCGAGCACAACGAUAUUGAUAGGAUAGACUGGACAGAGCUUCCAAGCGACCCGAGCAAAGCACCGGAAUACUUCACUGGACGAGCAGCGUUGCGAAUACCGGAAAACUCAAAUCCUCGUUACAAACUCUUCUGGCCGAUACAGAAUGGAACUUUUAACGAAGUCGACUACACUGGCCGAAACCAGAUCUAUCAUGAUCUUUCAAAGAUAGUCGAAGAUGCUUUCAGAUCGCAGCUUGGCAUUACGAGGCUCAAGGAUCUCGCGAACUACAAAUGUGUCUUUAUCAUACCGGACCUCUACGAGCGCGUUUAUGUGACGAUGAUGCUGGACAUCCUGAUGCGCGAUCUAGGUGUUGGCAAGGUUUCUUUACAACAAGAGAGUCUUUCCGCGACGUUUGGUGCCGGUUAUGGAAUUGCUUGUGUUGUGGACAUUGGGGCGCAGAAGUCGUCGAUAUGCUGCGUUGACGAGGGCCUUUGCAUUGAAGAAUCGCGCGUCAACUUGAAAAUGGGAGGCGCAGAUGUGACGGAGACUUUCAUUAAGAUGAUGCUUUAUGGCCAUUUUCCCUAUUCGGACAUGAACCUCAAGAGAAGGUAUGAUUUCUUGCUUGCCGAAGAACUAAAGCAAAAAUUCUGCUCGAUGGAUGAGGAUUCGGUAACUGUGAAGACAUGGGACUUUCAUCUUCGAGCCUCGGGUCAGGACACGAGGAAAUACACGUUCAAGACAUACGACGAGACAAUGCUGUCUGUCAUGGGCCUCUUCAAACCUUCAAUUUUCGACCAUUCGAUGAAGCUAGAAGGUCGUAGAAAGGUUAUUCCGCGAUCAGUUGAUCUUUACGAUGGCUCUCCGAACGACCCUAUCUCCCAAGCUCAGAACGCAGUGCUCGAGGCGACAACUGGAAAAUCAAUCAAUGGGGCGCAGGAGUCAGGCGGUACGCCAGCCGUAGCCUCUACUCCGCAGCGGCCAGGGCAACUGAAUCCGCUGAAUCGGCUGAACGACAAUGAGACACCGCGGUCGUCUGUAGCUGGUUCUCCGGCACCAGAAGGCACAAGCACACCCAAUCCCGAGCGUGACACACCUAUGGGCGACGGCGAACAAGCGCUCAUUUUCCGGGACCCUGUGCUCGAAAAGACCAAAAUCGCCGAGGAACGCGAUAGAACGCUUCCGAUGGUACCGCUAGACCAAGCCAUCCUGGAGUCGGUCACCCAAGGCGCCCGAGGCGAUGAACGCAAGCUGCGCGACUUCUUGGGUGGAAUAAUGCUUGUUGGUGGUGCUAGCAAGACGCCUGGUCUCCGCGAGUUCCUGGAGACCAGACUUCGAGAGCAGAGACCCUUCUAUGGGAAGGAAAUUUUGGUUGGCCCGCCUCCUAGGGAGUUUGACCCCCAAGUGGUGAUUUGGAAGGGUGGCAGCGUAUUCGGAAGGCUGAGCCCUGCGGGCAAUGACAGCUGGAUCAGCAAGGCGGAAUACGACAUGUUGGGAAGCCGGCUGCUGAACAACAAGUGCAUGUUCGCUUGGUAG